GUACCAGACACCGGAUAGGAAACCAAAAAAAAAGUUAUUUUAUACCAAAUCUUACAUGCAAUAACUUAUAUGGGAAUUAGUAUUACGAGGAUAAAGCACCUCAAUUUAGCCACUCUCAAUGUAGAUCGUUUAAAAGUAUCCUACACCUCAUGUGUGGUUUCUUUCUUAUCCAUUUUCUAUCUAGAUCGUUAACGCGCACCCAACAAAAUAUUAUGCUACAAUAAUCCAUAGUUAUUUGGUUCUUGCAAGAUCUAUUAGCAAAUUUAAAGCAACAAAUCUUUGAGGAAUAUUUAAAGAUAAACAAAUCCCCCUCUCUUAUCAGAUAGACAAAACAAGAUCAAUAUGCUUUUAUAAUCUCAAAUCUCAAGAAUAAUUUAGAUACCCCUUACUUUUCAUGUUCAAGACUAUUAUAUAACUUCAUGGAAGUUCAGGUUUCCUCAUAUUGCUAAAGCCUUAAAUUACUUCCAAAAGUUCUAAACUUUAGUUGUAAUUUAUUAAAAUUGUUUCUUUUUUGCUAUAUAAACUAAAAAGAUGGAUGCAGUGAAUAGAUUAGGAGAAGAAAGUCCCGUGGUGAUAUUCAGCAAGAGCAAUUGUUGCAUGUCCCACAGUAUUGAAACCCUAAUUCGUAAUUUCGGGGCGAAUCCAACGGUGUAUAAGCUUGAUGAACUUCCAAAAGGGAAGAAAAUGGAGAAAGCUUUGAUUGAGAUGGGUUGCAAUCCGAGCACACCAGCUAUAUUUAUAGGGAAGGAGUUUGUUGGUGGGUCUGAUGAGGUGAUGAGUCUCAAUGUCAAGGGCAAGUUGAAGGAUUUGCUCAUUAAGGCUAAUGCUAUUUGGAUAUAAAACUAGCUAUAGAUCACGUAUGUAUGAGUGUUUAAUUACAUGCAUUCAGUUCUUUUUUUUUUUGGGUCAAAGAGAGAUAUUAUAUUAUAUUACUAGUAACUAAUAAUUGGCAUUACAGACAUGGAGUGUUUACUUGCAGUUAAAUUAAAGGUGUUGUUUAGGCUUAA